CGAUUGGCUGUAUAAAACUAUAAAGGCGCCUUUUGAUGCUGACGUUCGAUGCCUAUUUUCAGUGUCAAAAGAUAUCACGUGAUUAAAAAUAACGAAUUGAUAUCUUAAUUUUUAGUCAUGUGAUGUUAUUUGAUACUGAAAAAGAGUCGAGCGUUAGCGUGAAAAGAUAUCUAGAGUCCUUAUAAUAGGGUUUCUAAAGGCAUCUUAAUAUAUGGAUAAAAAUAUUUCUAAUGUUUUCUCUACACCAGCUUUCCCCAUGACGUUCAUGACGAUCUGUAUGUAACGCGUAUAAUUCCCAAAAUAAUUCUGAAAAAUUAAUUAACACGUGCGACUAACAUAUGGAUGUUGCACAUUAAAACGCGAACAGUUACGAACGCAUGCGUGAAUCUUUUUGCAUUUAAAACUUGGUUCGUGGGCAUUUUGAUAAUACAGAUGUAUAAUAAUGUAUAUAUGUAUGUACACAUACAUACAUUGUUAUGCAGUAGUCAGUAGUCAGAGUAGCCAUCAGCAAGUGUCAAGCGAAGAGAGAUAAACGAGCAUCAAAGUCGAAGAUAAAUUCGACUAACGAGUCGCCAACGGUAUCUCGUGUGUGGCGGAAGGUGGAAAGUCGAAUCGAAUAAAUGGCGGGCCAUAAUUAUCUGAGUGAUCCGAAGAAUCCAUUCUUUUCAUUGGAAGAUGACAUAGACGAUGAAACAUUUCUGAAAAAUGCGCCAGUCAGGACUCUGCCUACUGGGCGUUAUACAAAUUUUGACAAUGACAUAACGCAGAAACGCCAACAAUUGUUGCAACGUAAAAAAGAAAUAGAAGAACGCACGAUACAGUCUUCGGAAAGAUCCGUCUCGCUUCUGAGAGACUCUGAGCAAAUUGGUGUAGCUACAGCUGAGGAAUUAAUCAGGCAAAGAGAACAAUUGCAGAGAACAGAAAAGAGACUAGAUGAUAUUAAUAGCACAUUAAGAUUUAGUCAGAAACAUAUACAGGGCAUAAAGAGUGUCUUUGGUAGUCUGAAAAACUACCUCAGUGGUAAAUCUCUGGAUACGCCAAUACCAUCGACAAAAUUAUCAGAGUCUUCCAGUUCUGGAUCUGUAACAUCUCCUGUAUUAUCCAACACAUUAGAACAAGUACAAAGUAACAUUAACAAUCCGUAUUCAUCGAUGAAAGUAAAAGAAAGUUACAAUGCGCGUGACAAAACUUUUGAAGAUGUUAGGCCUGCCAGUGACAGAGUAACCAAAGCUUUAGAGCAAAAUCUAAAUGACAUGAGUGGAUCAUUGGCAAGACUGAAACAUCUAGCGAUUGGUUUAUCUGAAGAAAUAGAUUCGCAAAACGAUCUGAUUGAUAAUAUUACCGAUAAAACUGAAAAAGCAGAUAUACUGCUGCAACAGCAAAAUAAAGACAUGUUACAUUUAUUGAAAAAAUAAAUUAGAAAACUGUCAUACAUCGAACUUUUUGCUUAUCAUUAAAAACGAUUCAAAAUUCACACUUUUAUACAAAAUAUGGACAUAAGAUAGUGAAAUGGAUCUUUGAGAUAUUGAUUUAUACCGUUGAAUCAAGGUCGUUCAAUAAUAUUAUGUGACAUUUUAUAGAAUUUUUCAUAAGAUGAUUGCGCAAUCUUUACAAUAUAAUUAUAACGAUACAAUAGCGUAGAAUGAUCUAUUGUCAUAUCGUUCUUUAUAGGAAAGGAAUCCAUUUUGUGAAUGAUGUUGAUAUUAUAAAAGUACAUGUAAUAUCUUUAUAUAAUGUAUAUACAAAUACAAAUGAAUAAGAUGCAUGAAAAACUUUUGUUUCUCAAGACUUUUGUAGCUUGUUGAGACAAAAAUUUUCUAUGAUUAAUGUCCAUGUAUAAUAAUUACAUUACAAAUUUUUUUUUGUUUCUUAUUGAUAUAAAAAUAUAUGAUUUUUAUAUAUUUUAUAUUAUAUAUAUAUAUAUGCACACUCAUAUUUUUAUAUAACAAUGAAAAAAAUUAUGAAUUAUCAGUGUUAUUUUGAUUAUUUUUAAUUUUUAAUGAAGUAUCAAUAUUAUUGUGCAUAAAUUACAUAAUGUUUACAUAUAAUUCAUUCCUUUUUGUAAAAAUGUCCAAAAUGCUCAGCAUGUAACUAACAUGAAUCUCUACAAGUACUUUUCAUACAGUGUCUAUUCAAAUCUUAUGCUUUAGAAGUAUAUUACAUAUAUACUAUACAUAUGAAAGAUAGAUAUGAAUCAAAGCAUAAUAAUAUGGAUAGGAUGGACCUGAUAGAUGAUAAUUAUGAAUAGUAUAAUAUGUAUAUAGUUAUAAUUUGCCAGUUUUUCCAUGUUGACUUUUUUUCUUGUUUUUAUAUAGAUUAAUAUUGUGCACAAUUGUGUAUGGGAGAAAGUAAUAUGUCGUUAAUAUACAUGCAAGAAAAAUACAUGUAUACACUUAUGAGUAAAGUUACACUAUGUUAUGUGAUUGCCAAAUUUAUUUAUUAAAAGUCCAUACAAUUUUGUUUUUCUUUGUUAUUUAUCAAGUCAAAAUGUUUAAUACUUGUUAAUAUUAAAAAUAAAACUUAAGAAUGCUUG